AGAAGGAAAGUAAAGAGCUCCUUAUACCUAUUACCUAUAACCACUACUUCACUAAAACACUCCAAAAAACUCGGGCCGAUCGCUAAAAAGAAGUUAUCUAUAAAGCUCUAUAAUCACACUUUUACUACUAUACCGGAUAUAACACGUUUUAUAUCUAAGGAAGUACUUAACUCUAUACUUACGUACUAUAAGGUUACACUUAAGUGUUUUAUUAAUAAUAUUACUACUAAGGUAAAUCUAAGGAAAGCCAAAGUCGAUAAGAAUAAUUAA